AUGCCGCUCGCCCACCAGGCCCAGCAGCAGGUGUCGUACCCGCCAUAUGCUGCCGGCCCCCUCAUGCAGCAGAGGAAUGCCCCGCAGCCCCAAGCCAUGUCCCAAGCGAUGCGCGAGCGGCCCGUUUCGACGAGCAUGUACAACCACCCCAACCUCUCCACCAGCUCCACCACCGCACCCGGUACCUACCGCUACAACGACGAGGGCAUGGCCUCUGACAUACGGCGGACGAGCAGCUCGCGAAUAGCGCCCAACGCUAUGCCUGUCCGAGAAGCCAGCAGGCGAGAUCCAUACCGACAGUCAGCGCAGAUGUCUGGCCUCAAUGGCCCACUGCCGCCCCGGAGAAGCUCGAGACGGAUGCCAAUGGACGGCGCUGGUAUGGCCCCACAGCUGUCCAGCUCGCCAUACAGCAUGGAAGGUGGUCCCCUAUCGAGCAGCGAGGAGUGGAAAGAGAAGGGCGCUGCGGUGAGCACACGGCAAGAGAUGGACCAGAACGGGCGGCCCAUCACGCGAGUGGUGAAAAAGGGGGUGAAAGACUUCAAUUUCGGCAGAACGCUGGGUGAAGGCUCCUACAGUACCGUUCUGGCCGCGACCGAUCGACAGACGCUGCGCGAAUACGCUAUCAAGGUGCUCGACAAGCGCCAUAUCAUCAAGGAGAAGAAGGUCAAAUACGUGAAUAUCGAAAAGGACACACUGAACCGCCUCACCGAGCAUCCAGGCGUCGUACGCCUGUACUACACGUUCCAGGACGAGCGCUCGCUAUACUUUGUUCUCGACCUGGCUUCUGGCGGAGAGCUGCUCGGCUUUCUGAAGAAGAUGUGCACUUUUGACGUUGAAUGCACUCGUUUCUACGGUGCCCAGAUACUGGACGCAAUCGACUACAUGCACUCGAAAGGCAUCAUACACCGCGACCUCAAACCGGAGAACGUUCUCUUGGACGACCAAAUGCACGUCAAGAUUACCGAUUUCGGAACAGCGAAGAUCCUGGACUUGAAGAAGUCAAAUGCCAUGGGGUCGACAUCUGGUGACCCCAUGGAGGGUGCUGAAUCGGACCGUGCCCAGUCGUUUGUUGGAACCGCCGAGUACGUUUCCCCGGAACUUCUUACAGACAAGAAUGCUUGCAAAGCCAGCGACUUGUGGGCAUUUGGAUGCAUCAUUUACCAGCUGAUUGCCGGAAGACCACCAUUCAAGGCGGCCAACGAGUACAUGACCUUCCAAAAGAUCGUCGGUUUGGAGUACAGCUUCCCUGACGGCUUCCCUCCACUUGCACGAGAUUUGGUCGAAAGAUUACUAGUGCUAGAUCCACUCACGCGCUUACCAAUGGAGCACAUCAAGGCACAUCCUUUCUUUGACGGCAUCACAUGGGGCAAGGGACUGUGGAAGCAGAAGGCACCACGCCUCAAGGCUUACAGUCCGCCACCGCAAGAGCUCAUCAAGCUCAAUGGCCCCUCGACACCCGGAGCCCCUGCCCCUGCCCAAGUGCGACCAAAGCCUAGACUCAUCACCGAACUACCACCUCCCAGUCAGCUUGACAUCGACUGGUCACCCGUUUUGACCAAGAGGGAUGAGCGGAUCUUGAAGCUUGGCAACUUCUUGAUCACGCAGCAUCCUGCAGGUCAUCCCGUUGGCGGUGCGGCUGAGGCUGCCGAAGCACCGAAGAAGUUCUCUCGGUUCUUCAGCAGCAACACUAUCAAGAAGCGCCAACGUCUGGUCAUGAUCACUAGUAACGCUCGUGUACUGAUGUGCGCCGCUGGCACAAAUGAUAAGAAGCUCAAGGAAGAGGUGUCACUUCUCACCGCUGGUUGCUCGUGGAGGUCUUUCCAGGACGCAAAGGGUCUGACAGCUUGGCUUGUGGAAACACGCGACAAGCAAUUCAUCUUCGAGGAUCCCAAGAGCACCACCAGCGACCCUGACGGUAGCAAGUACUCAAGCCAGGAAUGGAUCGAUAGUAUCGAACAAGCUAGGGAAUACGCUUUAUCACAGGCUCCUACCAACGAUCUGGCCCUAUCUGAACUCGGCUCGAUAUCUACACCCAGCUCAUUAGGUGGCGACUCUGCCCUCGACGGCGUCAACAUUCCUGCUUCGCGACACGGACAUCUCCACAAGGACCGCGGUGAUACCGAUUCCGUUAAGAGCAGGAAACGAUUCAGCAAGCGGCACUCGAAGAACGGGCUAGCGAACUUUUAG